CCUCUGUACAUCUCUCCAUCCGCCGUCGAGACCAAGCCCGACCAGACAAGCCGAAGCAACACACGACAGCAUCAGCGCUCAUCGCCAUGUCCACGAUCAACUACAGCAAAUGGGACAAGAUCGAGCUCAGCGACGACGACGACUUUGAAUGCCACCCAAAUGUCGACAAAGGCUCGAUGAUCCGCUGGAAGCAGGCCGACAUCCACAAACAACGCCGGGAGCGAAAGGACAAGUCCGUCCUGCUUCAGAUGGAGAUGGACCUCGCCCAGAAGGCGUUCGCCAUGAUCAAGGAUCUCAUCCCGCUGCAGGCCUCCGCUGCCGAAACGCAGUUCAACCCGGCAGAUUUCUUUGAGCGUCUGCAGAAGCUCAGCGCGGAGUUUGAGCGUCUCGAGGAAAAUUUCCGACAGGAGACCUUUGCCAUCGUUGCUAAGGACCGGGAUGCCCGCUGGGGUCCCGUCGAGCCCAUCCCCUUCUGCCAGAAGCGCAUGCCUCUGAACGCCAUGCUCAGGAUCGUCAUGGAUGUUAUGAAGGCAUCCAAGGAGAACAACGAGGCGACCGGUAUUGAGCUGUUUGUGCGUGGAUGCGACAGCCUCGAGCAGACCAUCUCCCAGCGCGCCGCCGAUAUCAAGACUGAGCUUCUCAAGGACGAAAUCGAAGCAGGCAAGAAGCUUACCUCCGAGAACAUGUACAAGGAGGGCUUUAGCCGCACGGUGCUGGCCCAGCAUCCCGAGGCCCACAAGGAGCCCGCCAAGGAGCCCGCCAAGCCUGCGGCCAAAGAAAAGGUCAUCGAGACCAUCCACACCCCUUCCAAGCCCGCCGAGGUCGAGCCCACCGAAGCCCAGGACGCGGGCGAGGAAGAUGACGGGAACUACAUCACCAACGCCGAUGUUCGCCAAUUUGCCGAGCUCAACGACUUUGACGCCUCCUUCAAAUUCCUGGCCAAGCACAAAUACAUCUGUACCCAGGAGUUCUCGGACGAAAUCCUGGCCGAGGCGUUUAAGCGUCAGAUGAACAGAGACCCCAAAGGCUCGCAGCAAUGUGUCCAGCAGAGUCUGAUCCUGCAAUACGUUGCGCUUCUUGGACAGGAGGGGGCGGGCGUCCCUGUUUUCUUCCAGAGAUUGCAAUCGCCCAGUCACAGCGCCCGUCAGAUGUUCUUCCAGGACGUAACUCGAACAUAUGAUCGCAUUGUCGAGCGCGUCGAGGUUCUCAGAAAACGAAAUCUUGAGGAGCAGGAGCAGGAGCGCCAAGCGGCCUUGGCCCGGCUUGCUUCAGCCACCCAGCCUGAUGGAACCAUAAAACUGCCUCUGUCGGAGGAUCCGGAUGAGCAGGAGCUGCGAAGGGCCGAGGUCUUUGACGGCCUCGAUCCACGCUUUCAAAAGGCGCUGCUGCUACAAGACGUCGACCUCAUCAACGAAUAUCUGGGCACACUGAACAAGGAAGAGUCGAAAGAGAUCCUCGACCUCUGUCAGGAGGCCGGCUUGAUGGCUUUGCAGAUGGAGGAUGAUCCCGAGAGCAGCGAGGCCCAGGCUUAGGCUCAUGUCCCGGCCCAAUACAGCUUGUUCAAAUCGAAACGAGACAGCGUCCCUGAGCGCCCUUCUCCUCAGCCGCUGCAUAUUGUUGGCCUUGGGAGCACAGUCCCGAAUACAUCCGGUCGAUCUCAGGUCGAUUGAGUCGCUUGGUCCUGAGGCGUCUCUGGUGGUGGAGAUGCUCACACAAUUGCUCGGCGAAUCGGAGUCUCCGUGGAGGCCUGGUUUGUCAAUAGCUCCGGAGAUGAGCACAGUUC